AAAAGAAGAAGAAUUCACUGGCGGCCAGCCGGCCACAACAACUAUCCAGUAUCACCAUAGUAACGGACACAGGAAUAGCAGAAUCUGCGCCAGAUCUUUUUUAAUAGCGACAUAUUGUCUACAUUCUUCUGAAAUAGAGUAAAAUAAAAGUUUAAUGCGACGUUUAAAUCGCAAUUGAUGGAGAUUUAUUUUAUUUAAACGCAUCGCUUUUUAGCCGCUAAGAGCUGUUUCAUUUUUAGCUAACAUAACGCUAAAAUCAUAACCGCUAUGAUCGCGUUUGUUGAAGAGGUUUCUUCUUCACUUGUGCGGGAGUUUCUGAGCCGAAAGGGCCUGAGAAAGACGAUCGCCUGCAUGGAUGAAGAGCAUCCACGGACAGCAACCAGCAUCAACAACAGAUCACUUCUGAGGCAAGUGCUCAACAUGGAAGAUCUGUACAGGAAAAACAAGUUGCAGGUUCAAAAUCCUCCUCUGAAGACAUUACUGGAGAUUAUAGUGAAGCAUCACAUGGAGCAGCAGAAAAAACACAAGAUCUCGACAGGAGAACCUGCUUCACCUGCAACUUCUGCAGAAUCAUCUUUGAUAUGUGACACGGAAGAGGAAAACAUCACCGCCAGCUAUGAUAGCAGCCGGUCUGAGAUAAAAGCAACACGCUCGUCUCCAUCUACGUUUCUAUCACUGCUGUCAGAUGAAAACAAAUCAUCCGGGCGUGAUCAAAAGGAUGUCUUGGCUUACGAUCCAGAACAUCAAAAAUACCAGCCACCGACUUCCCUGCAACAAGAAAGUGAGAGUUCUGUCCAGAAGGAGCCAGAGAAAAAAAGCGAAGUCAUCCCGAGGAGCAGAACUAACCGCAACAGACGAGGCGUGAUGUCUGCACCAAUACCACGGGAAACGGGCAGAAAAUUCCAGAGUCCAAGGUAUGAGGUGUCCCAGCCACUUUUCAGAAGGGAAGGAGAAAACCAGUGUUCUUUUGAUGGGUAUUUGGUGAAGGAUGAACGGCAGAGGAGCUUGGAAAGAAGUAAAGCAGAUGUCAACACAGGGGGGAAACUGGGGCUGCAAAGGUCUGCAGAGAGCCUGCAGAGUGAAAACAACAAUGGAGAAAACAGAGAAAACAAAGCAAAAACAGUGAACAAAAACCACAAACCAAACUUUUCUGAUCUGAAUGUGUCCGAGUUGGUUUUGGAUGACGUCGACGACGAGGAUCUGCAGGAACUCUCCCAAGUAUCUCCUCUGAGGUCCGUUUCCGAGCGUCUCCCUGAAAGCCGCCCGAUUGACCAGAACACGGCCGCGGAUUUAAAGGCAGUUCUUCUGGGCACCAGCUUGAACUGUUUCAGCGCCGAGUGGAGAAAUCAGGGUCUGACCUUCUCGGAGACGCAUGACCUCAGAUACGGGAUCGUACAGAGAAAGGGUGGUCCGUGUGGAGUCCUAGCAUCAAUCCAAGCCUUCGUCCUGAAGAAGCUGCUGUUUGAAAACGCAGAGAGCAGCGAUUCUGACCUGCAGAGGUUACGACCUUCCAACGCGACCAGAAGGAAAUGCCUCCUUCUAGCUUUGGCUGAAGUCCUGUGGAAGGCCGGCGAGGAGAAACAAGCCACAGUCGCUGUAAAUUCUGGAUUGAAUCAGUUCACACCGAGUGGGCGCUACAGGUCUGACGGAGUGCUUGAAAAGAUGGUUUUCUUCACUGUGGACAACCUGAAGGAUCUGCAGGUUAUCCUGGAGCAGCACAUCGAGCAGUUUGAGACUGGAACUCUGGGAUGUCUCCUGCUGACCGUUUCUGCUGUUCUGUCCCGAUCCAUCGAAAAAGUCAGAGAUGACAUGGAUGUGUCCACCUCCACCCUCAUCGGUGCUCAUGGCUACUGCACUCAGGAGCUGGUCAGCCUGCUGCUCUGCGGCAGAGCCGUUUCCAACGUCUUCGACGACGACAUGGAGCUGGACUCGGGCGACGGCAACAUCACGCUCCUCAAGGGGAUCAAAAACCGCUGCGACGUCGGCCUGCUGUCUCUGUUUGAGCAUUAUAACAUCUGCAAGGUGGGAGCUCACCUGAAGACCCCCUCUUACCCCAUCUGGGUGGUGUGCAGUGAAAGCCACUUCAGCGUGCUGUUUGGCCUGCAGAGGGAGCUGCUGACCUCCGAGGACCGACACCUGGAGUUCGAUCUCUACUAUUACGACGGACUGGCCAAUCAGCAGGAGGAGAUCCGGCUCACCGUCACUGUCGGUAAGUGGAGCUUCCAGGAAGUAGACAGUGACUCCAUUCCUCCUCUGGAACUUUGUAUUCGCACGAGGUGGAAAAACGUGGAAAUCAGCUGGAAUGACACAGAGCCGAUUCUUUAAGGGAUUUUUCUCUGUUAAUGAACUUCAAGAAAACCAAAAGGAGUAUUUUAUAUACAUGUAUCUAAAAUAACGUUAUGAUCUUUUUCAGCCGAGAUAUUAUAUGUAGGAGGAAACUUUUCACCACUGUUGCCUUUUGUCCUUUUGUCUGUCCAAAAUGUAUUGAUUUUGAUCUUUCUGUGAUGUUCAUAAAACCUUUUAAAUGCCGUUAAAGAGAGUAGAAACCUUUUAUUUGAAUCUUUCUCCACCAUAGAGCGGAGGUAGAGUGGUCGACUUCUGAUUAGAAGAUUGUCGGUUCAAUUCCCGCCCUGUGUUAUGUUGUUGGGGGUUAUACGUUUGGCGUCAGUGUUAAGAAGCCGUCAGUGUGAAUGUGGGAAUGGGUCAGUGACUGUAAAGAACUUUGGACCUCAUCUACCAUUAAAAUAAAAAUAAAAACUCAAA